AUGCCUCCUGCCCGUCCUCAGAGAUUAUGGCAACGAGCUGCCGGAAAGCAAAAGAAGAAGUGGUCCAAGGGCAAGGUCAAGGACAAGGCCCAGCACACCGUCCUCCUCGACAAGCAGACCUCCGAGAGGCUCCACAAGGAUGUCCAGUCGUACCGCCUCGUCACCAUCGCUACUCUGGUCGACCGCAUGAAGAUCAACGGCUCGCUGGCCCGCCAGUGCCUUGCCGAGCUUGAGGAGAAGGGCUUGAUCCGUCCCGUCGUUACGCACAGCAAGAUGAAGAUCUACACUCGCGUCGUCGGCAGCUCCUAA